GAUGAAUGAAACCAAGCCAAGCACUGGGACCAGCAAGCAAGUGAUGUAGUAGUAAGUAAGAUGCCUGGAGUCGUCCCGCACCGCCGCCAACAAAACGAAUCCCUGUACGCAUGUCGGAGACCUAGCAGCCGGGUCCUUGAUGGACCAGCCACACUGUGUAAUUUUCCCUUGUACUUGCCAUGCCAUGCAGGCCUUGCAAGAGGGAGGGCUCUCCCGUGCCGGACUGUUAUCAUGCCUCAAAAGGGGCGGGGGCCUGGUUGUUAAGUCCAUCAACGCAUGGGUCGAGGUCCCGCAACUUGGGGGCUUUGACCAGGGUAUUUCAUGGUACAGGAAGCCGGGACCAGUCGCCGGAACUGGGGCUAGAGCUGGCACUGGGCACCUAACGAUGGGAUACUUACUGCGUAGUACUCGUAGCACUUGGGACGAUCCAUUAACCUGUCGACCGGGGUCUCCAAGACGACCAGGAACGGCCAGCAAGCACAUACUAGGGUGCCCGCCGCCCCAUGCUGCCCAUGCACCAAAGACUCCGUGGUGCCAAGCCCAUAACAGGGCUUGCCACUCUCUUUGGCGGAAGCUAGAUAUUCUCCCUCGGCGAUUAACUACCCAACUCCCAGCUGGCUUCCUGUAA